GUUUUUCCGGAAAUAUAUGGAAUACACAAACUUCUAGGAAAAUAUGGAAUUUCCGAACUUUCAGGAAUAUUUUUUUCCAGGAAUUUUCCAAGACUAUAUCACUUACCUAUAAUCGAAUAUAUGUCCAGCCAACCAAAUUUCAACGAACACUAUAAGAAUUUGCUUGACCAGUUACCCCCAUCCAUGAAAAAGGAUGUAUGGUUACGCCUUACAAACUGCAAAAAUAAACCAUUAUCUGAGGAGCAGGUUAGGGGUAUCCAUCCGGACAUUGAGGAGUUGCUUACUAGGGAGGUUAAUAGAUACUUUAAUAAAAAAAAUCGCCAGAAAAUUAAGAUUGAAGCAAAUACCUCUUCCGAUGGUUCUAGUACAUUAUCCCGGCUGGAUGGAUUUGAGAAACAGUUAGAGGAACAUGAGCUUUGUGUACAGCAACGGGAAAAUAAUAUUAAGAAAACUAUUGAUGCUCAGGUUGCUGAGGAACGCAAACGUCUAAAAGAUGAAUAUGAUGCUCUUAAGUAUCGUCUAGAGAGUGAAUAUAAUAAUUGCAUGGUAGAUAUGAAACAAAAGACAUAUUCAUUUAAACAUCAAUUGGAAUCCCAGCAUAAUUCACGCUCAGCUGAGCUAGAGAAGCAAUAUAAAUCUCAUAUCUCUGCUUUGGAUAAAGCUAAUGCUGUAAAAGAUAAGGAGAUUGGCAAGUUAUCCUCUACUAUUUCCCAGCUUAAGAAUGAAAAAUGGGAUAUAAAGAAGACUGCCGAUUCUGUAUGUAAAGAUUUGGAGGAUAUUAUCUUUACUAAAGACCUAAAAAUCAUAGCUCUCAAUGAUCGAGUAAUAUUUUCCAAUCCUAGUGCUGGAAGGGAUGGGACAAUUGAGCCAAAUACUUUUAUUUCUUUUCAUGAUGCUGAAUAUUGGACUAGAAAAUGGGAAGAUGCAAAGAGUAAUCUAAAUAUCCGAAAAAAAUAUACUUUCUGAAAACCCGUCUAAGAUGAUUAGUCUAGUUUAAUCUUAGACCCAACAUUGACUGGUUGUGGACUUAUUCUAGACUCGACAUUAUCUGGUUGUAGACUCAUUGUAGACUUGACAUUGACCCGCUGUAGGCUCAUUGUAGACUCAACAUUACCCAACGUAGACUUGAC